AUGGUGCAGCGCACUCUGCUGGACUUUGUGCGUAAAAAGGGCCCAAACCCGCCGCGAGAGGUGAUUGACGUGGAAGCGGCUUCAGUUGAGGCGGUAGCAGCCGCGCCACGGAAGCGGCGCAUGGAACAGGCGCCAGAGCCGGCCGCGCCUUGCACCAAACUGAAGACGGAGCGCAACGACGGUGUCUGUUGCGGCAACGGCCUCGCCUCCCUUAUUACAGACCUCGGCUGGCGUGAGUUUUUGCAACCCCUCACCUCUACCGGUAGUUUCCGUAGCAUAGAGCAGUUCAUAGAGGGGGAGAACGCAAAUGGCAAGAUCAUUCUCCCUCCACGCGAGUUAAUUUUUUCCGCCUUCAACAGCACACCCCUGGACAGGCUUAAGGUGGUACUGUUGGGGCAGGAUCCUUACCACAACCUUAAUCAAGCGCAUGGGUUGUGCUUCUCGGUGCUUCCUGGUGUCCGUCCGCCCCCGAGCUUGGUGAACAUGUACAAGGAGCUUACCACCGACAUACCUGGAUUCAAGCCGCCGCCGCACGGCUACCUGCAGUGCUGGGCAGAGCAAGGCGUGUUGAUGCUCAACGCGACGCUUACUGUAGAGGCACACCAGGCGAACUCGCAUGCAAAGUGUGGUUGGCAGUUCUUCACCGACGGCGUUAUUCGUUUGCUCUCCGAAAAGCACAGCCGGCCGCUUGUGUUUCUCCUUUGGGGCGGUUUUGCACGGAAAAAAAUUGCACUGAUUGACCAGAAGCGGCAUCUUGUUAUUGAAAAUGCCCAUCCCUCCCCGCUUAGCGCGGCGAAAUGGUGGGGUUCUCGGCCCUUUUCGAAGUGCAACGCGGCCCUGGCUCAGCUGGGGCAUCCCCCCAUCGACUGGAGCCUUCCCAUGUUGGUGGAUAGGCGUGCCUGA